CACACAGUCAAGAUGCAGUGGACUCCGUGUAUGCGCUGGCUCUGGAUUUUGAUUGUCGUGAUAUUUUACGGCCUUCCUAGAACCAAAGGCCAUGGAUACCUCGUGGAACCACCCCAGCGUUCCUCUCUCUGGAGACAUGGACUCGGGCCUGAUAAUUACAAUGAUAACGCCCUUAAUUGUGGCGGAUUUAAGCGCCACUGGACUCAGAAUGGCGGUAAAUGUGGUAUUUGUGGGGACGCCUACGAUCUUCUGCCACCCCGCCCUAACGAGGACGGUGGGUUCUUUGGAAAGGGGGUCGUAAUCAGAACGUAUCGCUCCGGUGAGGAUAUUGACGUUGUUGUCAAUCUAACUGCCAACCACUUAGGAUGGAUGGAGUUCAAACUCUGUUCCCAUGACAACAGUGACCAACCUGUCACCCAGGAGUGCCUAGAUAAGAAUGUAUUACGUAUACUACCCAAUAACAAAGGGAAAAGAACCGUCAAGAGGUUUUAUGUUGGGAAACAGAAACUGAUUUCAUUGAGGAUCAAAUUGCCAUCUGAUUUUUCAUGCAAAAAAUGUGUUCUUCAAUGGAAAUAUAACGCAGGUAACAGCUGGGGUUGUGGUGAUAGCGGAUGUGGUAUUGGGCUUGGUCCACAAGAACAAUUCUACAACUGUGCUGACAUAAGCAUCCUAAAGAAGAUAAAAAUCAUACAAAAAGAUUCAACAGAAGACUCAGAAGAAACCGACAACAAAAAAUCUAGUGAAGAUACCAGUGAAAUAUCGGAUGAAGAUAUGGUUUCAAAAUUGAAAAGAAAAGGAAGCGGAAAAUACAUUGACAUGGUUAAAAACAAAGCCAAUCAAAUGAACUGUCGCCCUACUAAGCGUUGGCGUUCCGUUCCGGGAAUGAUUCAGUGGUGUUUACAAAGUUGUCCGAAAUGUCCGACAUCACAUUGUAAAUGUGAAUUUAAAGAAGUAAAACUUUUAAACUUAUUGGUAUAAUAUAACGCCUUUUGAAAAGCAAAACACAUUUUUAGAAACUUCAAUAAAAUCUAUUCUUUAUAAAUGUAUAAUAUUAAUUUAAUUUUAUGUUAUAGAGUUAGAGAGUUAAACAAAGUGGUAGUCCUUCAUCUGUUGUAUGUUUGUACUUGUGUCAAAAUGUAACAGGGCUUGACGAUUUUAAAUUCACAGCAAUUACACUCUGCCUUAAAUAAA